AUGGCUGCCUUCAACCCUGAACUGCGGUACCAGGUUAUCCGCCUCUACAAGGAGCUGCUGCACCUCGGCAAGGAGUAUCCACUGGGCUAUGACUACUUCAGGCCCCGCCUCCACAAAGCCUUUGCGAACCAGGCGGGGUUGAGGGAUGAGGAAAAGAUCAAGCAGGGCAUCCAGAAAGCCGAAUAUAUAAAGAAAGAAAUUGAAGCAUUGUACUAUUUAAAGAGAUACAGAGCUCUGCGCCAGCGCUACGAUAAAAUAUAA